UUUUCCCCUUUUACAGAGCAAGGUUUGUUUAUCUCUUGUACUUUUACAAUAAUAAACAAGCUACCACCGUAAGUGCUUUUAUGUCAAAGCAUCGCUGUGGUCUACACAAGCUACAAGGUCUGGACUACCGCUGAAUCUCAAGAAAGAACUCCAACUGAAAAUACCGACUUCCAAAGCAGUGAAGCUGCUAUGUCAGUGGAGGUGCAUGGAGUUGGUAGUGAUGGGGUGGACGCUAUGGAGACUAUGAUGGACGAGAGACUGGAUAUGCAGUGUAGACAAGAGUUGGAUUGUGUGGGACGGAUGAACAAGGUUAGAGAAGUGAUUUAUAACCCUAUUGGAACCAAGCUAGCACGAAACCUCCUCUCAAAGAUUGUCACGGGACCACUCGGUGAUAAGCCCCUGUCUCUGGGACAUAAAGACACACCCACUUUACAAGAAGACGAAAAUCAAGAGACGAAGAAACGUCGUCCAAGUGAAGAGCUACGUUAUCAACAGAGAUCGGAUCAGCAGAAAUUGGAUCGAUUAAAAGCUAUGAAAGAAUCGCAAAACGAAGAACUGGACACUUUACGAAGACGUCGUAUCGUUCAAAAGAAACUUGCCGAUCGUCGAAUGAAAUCCAGCGGACAUCGGAUGUUUAACCAUCGUCUCUACGUCAAUCCAACUUCAAAACAGAGAGCUGGAAGCAGUAGUAUACUGAUAACGGGCGAGGGAGAAGAUGACGUGCGGAGUGCAGAGUUCGUACGACAAGAGAGUCAAAUGUAUAUCAAUAAUUUCCUCAGAGAUCCGUCCAAAAAUCGCCGUGUUUUGCAGAGACUAAAUUCAACACAGAUACAAAGUAUACAAGCUAUUGAGAUCAAAAAAGCAAAUGUGAAGAACUUUCCGUAUGCUCCUCCAGUAGACCGAGAUAUGCCUCACAGAUCCAGUAGUGAUACCAUGCCAAAAAAACACUCCAUCAAAGUGAAAAUGCUCUCCAAAGCUUCAGUGUUGAAGAAUAAGUUGACCGCCUCUUUACGAAGCAAGAAGCGGAGUGAAGACGACCAUCCACCCUCCACCAGCAAGCUGUCAAGUCUUGGCCGGAAACUCAAAGGUGGUAUUACUAAAACUGGCAAGCGAAAGUCACGCAUGACACGACAUGCCAGCUCUAGCCUCGAUGAUCUUAUGGAUGAUGUUCACGUUAAACCGAGAAAGAAAUCGGCCGAGAGAAGAAAACUCUAUUCCACUCAUAAACUCAGCACAAAAGCUCUUGAAGAGCAAGUACUAAACGACGUCAGUCAUACAAAGAGGAGACUUCAUAUACCAAGAAACCCUCCCAAACAACAAACACAACAGUUGACGUCACCACCUGGUGUGAGUGCAAACUGGCCCCCUCUACCAUCCAGCGGGUCACAUGACAUGCCUGUGAAAUCACAUGAUCUUCAGGACGCCUCACAUGAUCUGGAGGUAGCUAGCGGACCACCAUUACCAACGCUGAGACAGCAAUCAUCUUCCCAGACAGAAUCAAUUGACGAUAAAACUGAACUAUUACUAAUGGCCAACGAAGAAGUACAAAGCGAAGGCAGUUACAUAGGCAAUGGAUUCUCAUCACAUGACGAUCACAUGACCUAUUUGCCACCCCCAGUAACUACGCUCAAAGAGAUUGAACAAAAUGAUGAAGAUGGAUACAUGUCAGAAUCAGAAUCGGGUACUUUUAGUGACGGAGAUGACAACGUGAGAAGUGAGAAGUCUACAGACAAACAAAGUAACUGUUUCAGAGUAUGUGAAGAUGGCGAUGCUUUGGAUAAUAAAGAUGAUGAUGAUUUGGAAUCGCCACAUUCGGUUGAAUCGCAACACAACGAAGGCAAUGAUCGCGUAGCUGAUCUACCAGCUCCUAGAUCUCAGAAAAAGAGUUAUAGUCACGACAAUAAUCGAACUACUGUCGAUAAGACCUCACCAACAGCACUACCACGGAAACGAUAUUUUUCUACUCCGCAAAUAUUUAACUCUCAAGCUCCACUCUGUGAUCGACCUACACCGCGUGGCUACUACACACCCGCCACCGUCGAGGUUAACCCUUUCUCUGUGGAUUUUGAACGUGCAACUCACCAGAAUUUAUCACUAAAUAAACAAGAAGUUGAAGAGGUUACCUCAAACUCCACACUAGUGAGCACGUACACGCGGCAAAUAUCAACUGAUUUUGUUGAUUUUGUGCCUUCUGAAAGUGGCAGAUUGGAAGUAGUUGAAACUCAAACUCAAAUCACAACAAGACAUUCGUGUAGUAGACGUGUGAAUCAAGUAUUGGAACCCUCUCUAAGUAUGGAACUGGGACACUGCAUACCGGCACCAGAUAUGGAACCCAGAAAUGGCAUACCAGCUCACGCAUUUAGAGAUCCGUUGUUUUUGCAAUUUAUUAAGAAGCUCGAUAACGAACCAACCAAGAGUGAUUAUAUCAGCUACAAAUUACGAACAAUCGGUGACCGAAUCGACCAACAGUACGAUAAUCAACUAAACAGAGCUAUGGAUGAUAUGUUUUGGGAGACGAUCAAAACUCCGGCAGCUUUGCAGAGUUUGAGCAACGCUGUAUCGUACGAAAGUUUCAGCAAUGCUUCGAAACAUCUCUUAGUCGAAGGACAGAAAAUACAAGAUAGCAUAUUUUUGAUAACUUGUUUCGGUCGCAGACUUGCGGAGAUGCUGCCUAAUCUCGGUGAUAGAGUGAAUGACUUCACACAUUUAGUGGUGGAUGCAUACGCCUCUGACUACCUGCUCGGCAUUGGAGGAUGGGGUCGGUUGGUGGAGUGCUAUGAACAGGUUGAGACCACACCACAUAUGGACUACGAGGAUUAUCCGGACACUGGCUUCAGCAUUGGUCUGAACAUGUAUGAUGAUCCAACCCCGUCUUCUACACAUCAAGCCAAUUCCUUUGAUGACCCUUUACCGAACCAUCCCAACAUCAUCCAAAUAACCCCUCCACAAACGUGUUUACAUGAUCAGCAGUCUUUUCAACCACGACCAACUCUAAACCGCUUACGGCGUGUAAUCAGCGUCGAAGUGUUGUUCACAGAAGCCGACUCUACUGAGCACGCCCAGAACAGUCUCCAUGACAACCCCCGUGACCGAAAACGCUCGCUAACUAGAAGUCUAUCAGCAGGAUCCAUUGAAGUGAGCUCAAUUCAAUGCCAGCACCGAAUACUCAAUUCCAAUGUUCUAAGUCCAAGUCCAACAAAGUUGGUGUCAGAACAGUUUCGUCAAGAAGAAAUAAAUUUCGAGGAGCGCAGCCUCCGAUACAGUAGGAGAGGUUCGGUUGCGUCUGUGUGCUCUAAUGCAUCAACAAUUCGGCUGGUGGGCGUCGACCUCACGGGGGGUGGGGUGGUGUUGCCUGGCAACGGUCGGCCUGGAUUGCAUCCCAAUGUACCCAAUGGCCAGUACCUGGACCUCCACUUCGACACACCAGCUCACUCUAGAAGAGGUACCCUCAAUGGACCCCCCAGUGAGGACCAACCUAGUGUUCAGACUGUCUCACAAACACACUCUCUAGCUGCUCCAAUAAUAGCUGGUGUCAUUGCUGUUGGGAUUGUAGGAGCUCUGGGACUCUAUUAUUAUAGACGAAAAUAGCAAUUUUUUUGGUUUUUUGGGGUCAACUUAUUAUUAGGCUAGCAAAUUCUCGCUCUCACUGAGUUUGUUGUAAUUGAUUACAUCACUAAAACACGGCAAUAUUAAUUCUUGUGA